AUGUCGAACGAGGGCGGUGAGGACAGCCAGGCCCCCGGCCCUGGUAUUGAGUCACUACUUGCCCAGCUACGCCGCAAGUCCGACCAGGACUCGGCUCCUGGCCACUCUAACGACCUCCUCUCCCAUUUCACCUCGACGAUCCAGCACCGCCCGGCCGCCGAACAGUACUACCCUCAGCAGCAGCAGCAUUCUGAUUCGCCGCCGAACGGCAACGGUCAAGCUUUUGGGAACAGUGGCCUGCCCCAGGUGCCUGGCCACUUCCAGCCUUCGCUUUCCUCGAACCUUCCCUCUGCUCCGACGCCCCCCGUUGGUGGCAGUUUCCCGAAUGCCCAGUUCCCUCCGUCGCUUCUUGGCUCAAUCGGCUCCGGCCGUCCCACCAAUAACGAUCGGGCGACAAGUUCGCAUCUGCUGAAUCUGCUCAAAUUCAGCGGUCAUUCGAACCCGCCGCUGAGCAGCGGUCUCUCUCAGACGGCCAGCAUUCCUCAGCAUCAUGACAGCGAGUCCGAGGCGGCCCAACAGAAGCAGCAACACACUCCCACUGUGGCACUGUCGUCGGGCACGAUCCAUGCACCGGCACCGGCGCCAUCUGACCCAACUGGCCUUCUCGCAGCUCUAAUGCAGGGCACGCUGAAGGACGAGUCGUCUAAGCCAGAGCCUGCCGCCGCCGCAGACAACGCACCGCAGCAGACGCAGCAGCAGUCCACGCCGUGGACAUCGACGUCUCAGUCAAGUGAGACGCAGCAGUACCUGCUCAAUCUGCUCAACCGCCCGAAACCCAGCCAAAACGACGAGGCGAUUUCGGCUGAGUCGCCGAAUAACGUUCGGCUGACGCCCAACUCAGCGCAGCAGCAGAAGAAGGACUACGAGGUGUUUGAUGAUGUGGCACCGUCUUCGACGGGCUCGCCCGCGACGCUGGCUAUACCGCCGUCCACGAAUGUGUUCGACUACCAAGUCAAGGGCUCUGAGGCCGGCGAUGGAUACUCGCCCGUGCCCAAGUCGUCCAUGUUCCACCACCACGACCCCUUUGACGGCCUGGUGACUUCACCUCCUGUCGGCGCCACACCGAAGUCGUCCACGACCGCCGGCCCUGGUAGCGUCCACUCGCCAGCACAGUCCACCACGUCCGCUCCCAAGCCGGUGCAGAUCCUUAGGAAACCUGCGUCUAACGCGGGCAAGACGAGCAAACCCUCGAGUGCCGAGCCCAGUCCCGCCGGUAGCCCCAGUGUUUCCAAAAGUAAGCACGAUGGCCCGACGUCGCACCUGGCCAUUCACCCCUCGGCUGCUGCAGCCACGGUUGUUGAGGAAGCGGCCAAUGAGCCGGAGGAGGAAGGUGCUGGCGAUAGCGACGCCAAGUACGAGCAGGACCCCGACGCCGAAGGUGCUGAGAGCGACUUCAAAGAUGACAACGAUCCCUACGCAGAGACCACCCACGACUCUGCCAACCAGUCGAGCGACGACACUAAGGAUGACAUCGAGUCUACCCAGGAGGCUGUCGUCCGCGAAGAGAUUGCCAUGGAUCUCGACGAUAUGGAGCAUGCCAAGACGGAGGAAGAGUUUCACGCUGCUGCCAAGGCCGCUGGCCGGGCUAUUCAGGAAGAGCUCAACCGUGAGGGUGGCAAAGGCAAUGCUCUCGACGACAAUUUGCCCCGUGACCUGGCGAACGCUGUUCGGGACAUUGUCGAUGAGGCUGCCCACGGAACUGUCGCCGACAGCUGGGAAAGUGCUGACGCUGAAGGCGAGGAAAUCAUUGUCGUGGAAGAGCUGCAGGUUCCCGUCCGGGUGUAUAACUUUCCCAUGCGUCCAUUCAUCUCCAUCGAUGUCCAGGAUGAUGAUAAGGACAACCGCCCGAUUUUCCGUGACGAGUCCAUCCUAGAUAUUGCCCGUCUGAAGAAGGACUUUGACCAGAUCGACCGGAAUCUCGUGACAGCUUCUGAGAACUACAUGGCCUACGGCAUGUCCAAGGCCGGCGGUCUACGUGUCAUUCGGCAGACAGAUGGCAGAGAUGUCAAGCUGUUUACCGACACCAAGGACCGUAUCUUCAAUGUCGCCAUGUCCUUUAACAACGAAGAGGGUGUUGUCGCCCCCAAGGACUCCGUUAUCGGUACAGGUGUCAGCGGGACCGUGUACUGGGUGCAAAUUCGUGACGGCGAUAAGGAUCACCUGGACUACACCACCCCUGAGCUAUGCGGCUUUGCCUUGCCGCCCAUCCUGUCGCAUGAAGGCGACGCACCCGGUGGUGUGCUUAAGACUCGUGCACGCACUUCAUCUGCCCACCCAGAAUACUUUGCCGUUGGCCGCGGCAAGUCCAUCAACAUUGUUUGGCCUGGCUUUGUCAUGCGCAACAACCUGCUGCUGCCUGGCCACGACCGCGUUGUCGAUACGGAGAAGUUGUCCAAGCAGUGCUCUCUGAAGAUUAGCACUGGUAAGGCCGGCAAGGAUUUUACCUUCAGCCAGGACGACACCGUCGUCGUGUCCCUCGACAAGUCGGGCCGCGUCAAGUUCUGGGACGUCCGCGACCUCACUGCGGCACGCUCUGACGGCUCCGCCAACCCCAUGCCCGCCCACACCUCCUUGGAGGUGAAGGAGCCUCUCCUGACUCUGACCACAACACCCGAGGGCGAGAAGGCCUGGCCUACAUCUGUGCUGCUGCUGGAUAAGUUGCGGCCGUACCAGAAGCGGUGUGCCCUGCGUUACAUGAUUGUGGGUAUGAAGCAGAAUCAUACGCUUCAGCUCUGGGACUUGGCCCUCGGCAAGCCUGUGCAGGAGUUCAAUCUGCCGCACAGCAAAGAGUCGGACGCCGUCUGUAGCGUCAUGUACCACCCACCGACAGGAAUGAUUGUCGUCGGCCACCCAACCCGCAACUCAAUCUAUUUCUUACACCUCUCGGCGCCAAAGUACGCGGUGAAAAACAUGACCCAGGUCGAGUACAUUGAGCGCUUGACGACUCAAGACUCCUCCAUCCCGCAGCCUGAGUCUACCGCCGUGAUCAGUGGCCUGCGCGAGUACUCGUUGUCGAACCGCGGCGCCCUGCGCAGCUUAGAUAUCCUAGAAAACCCCGCCGCCAGUGCCGACCCGAACAAUCCGACAUUGUUUGAGCUCUAUGCGAUGCACUCAAAGGGCGUCAGCUGCAUCUUUAUCCACCAAGCUGAGCUGGGCUGGACAAAGGACAACAAGGUCCUCCAACCUGUCGAUGCGGUUGAGUCUGGGAAAGUUAAAAUUGGUAAGCUGAAAACGCCUCAGCAGCUUGCAGCGCCAGCCGCCGAGCUUCAUAUCGCCGAUGGCAGCACGCUUGCUGGCCAGCAGCAGGGACCCCGCAUCCUUGCUUCCCGCUCCGCGGCCAAGGAACUCUUCCAGGACCGCGACAGCCCGGUCCAAGACACCCCAACCCGCAAGCCUAUGGGCUCGUCACUCAACUCGAAGCUACGGGCGGAGCCGAAAGACGAAGACACCGUUGGCCACCCGCAGCCAUCUUCUACACCUUCUACUGAUAAGGCAGAGAAGAAAAGCCGGAAGAAGAAGGCUGCUGCCGCCGCCAACAAUGGCGCGUCGCCUGCUGCUGCUGUUGCCGCUGGUGCAGCUGCGAUUUCUGCCGGUGGUCAGGCCAAUCGCGAGGUCCAGAACACGCCGAACGGAAACAACAAGCCCCCGGUUUCUGCCUCGGGCGAUGCACUGCCCAAGUCCACCCUCAACGUCAGCCAGGAUGCUAUCGACACCCGAAUUAACACAAUGGAGGCCCGCAUCUGCGAACGAGUCUCAAGCUCCGUCCACGUUGCGUUUGACGAUAUGCGCAAGAGCAUUGACCAGCAGUUCCGCCUUCGUGAUGCGGACUUUGAGAACAAGCAGCGCAAAUUGCUCGAUAUGGUGUCCAAUGUUCUAAACAGUAACACCGAGCAGGUGCUAAGCAAGAUUGUCCGCGAGGAGUUUGACAAGUCUGUCGUUCCUGUCCUGCGUGAUGAUGUGGCUCGGUCGGUCUCGGACAGUCUUGGCACGCGAAUCAAUACCCAGGUGUCAUCUGUUCUGCAGAAGGAGCUGCAGCGUAUUCUGCCCGCCCAGGUGACCAAUAGUUUGCGGAGCCAGGAGGUGUCGAAAGCCAUCAGCGAGAAGGUUGUCCACGCCAUUGCCAAUCAUGUUGACGACCAGUUCUCCAAGGUUGUGGAGAGCGACCUGUUGCCGACCAUCUCCUCUAUUUCAGCCCAGGCGGCCAAGACCAUCACGACGGCUGUUGCACGCGACAUUGUGCAAAACGCGUCGGAGUCUGUGGCCCUGCAGCAGAAGGCUGCUGCUCAAAUUAGCGAGUUGGAGCGGUUGCAUGCUACGCAAAGCAGAAAGAUUGACUCUCUCCUGUCGCUCGUGACACACCUGACCGAGACGGUGGCGACCAUGGCUACGGCACAGUCGGAAUACCAGAGCCAGAUUGCUAAGUUGCAAGGUCAUGUCACGUCACCUCCGGCCCCAGCGCCGCAGUCAAUCCCUCAGACCGGUUCGGCGGCGUCAUACUCGUCCCAGCAGCCACAGCAGCGCUCACCCCUCCAGCAGCAUCAACAUCAACAUCACGUGCCUCAACCUCACCAACAGCAACUCCGGGUUCAGCAGCAGCCGCACGCUCCGCAGCAGCCGCAUCAGCAUGCUCCUCAGCACGGCCACCAGCAUGGCGGCUAUGAGGGCGGUGUGCAGCAGCAGCAGCAGCAGCAGCCGUUCCGCAACAUCACUAACCGGGUGACUGAACAACUUCCCGGUGUUGGCCUGUCUCCGUCGCAGCACUCCAGUUCCAGCCAGCAGCUCCAGCAUCAGCUUCACCAACAGCAGCUGCAGCUCCAACAGCAGCAGAUCCAGCAACAGCAGCAGCUCAGGGAGCAGCAGCAGCAGCAGCAGCAACAGCAACAGCAGCAACAGCAGCAACAUGUUCUGUACGCACCCCAGGCACAGGAGGAUCUGGAGCGCGAGGAAGUUGAACAGAUUGCUGGCCACAUUGAGAGCCUGAUCCAGGGCGGCAAGCACGAUGACGCUAUGAUGCGCUGGCUGCAGAGCAAUGGGAAGGAAGAGCAGCUAUUCCGCCGUGUUCUCGUGAACCACUCGCCGGAGAUCAUCAGCAACCUGCAGCCGCUUGUUCUCCUUUCUGUUGGUACUACAGUUACCCAGGACCUCGAUGAUCAUUUGGUGGUGCAGAAGCUGGCGUGGGUGGAGAUGGUGCUUCUUAAUCUGCACCAGGUCGUCAACCAGCUGGAUGACCAAACGCGCGAGAUUACGCCGAACGUGCUCAUGCAUAUCCGCGCCCGUCUCGAGCAGACGCAGAUUCGCAUCGCCCGGGUGUCGCACGACGAGUCCAACUACAAGAACAUUACGCGUAUGAUUGGCAUCAUCAACCGCCUGGUCGACGUCACCAAGCCGCGAAUUGCGUUUUAG